CUUCGGAGACAAUGAGGAGCAGAUCCGAAGUUUGAGCGACUCCAGGCUGAUCGUGCUCAUUUAGGCUUCCAGGCUGCAUGUGGUGAUUAUCGCUGUUAUUUAAGCAGGCAGAAGAGAAGGAAGAGUAGUUCUUCUGUUCUUCCUGGAUUUUAGCCCUUUUUUUUUUUUACCCUGAAGGAGGAUGGUUCUGGACAAGGAGGAGAGUGUGUCUGUCGUUCCUCUGCAGUCCAGAGAGAAGCCAAGAGGCUGCGCUGGCUGUAAUGGGAAGAUCCGGGACCGCUUCAUGCUGCAGGCGUUAGACAGGUUCUGGCAUGAGGACUGUCUGAAGUGUGCCUGUUGUGACUGCCGGCUGGGCAGGGUGGGCUCCACCCUGUACACCCGGGCAAACCUUAUCCUCUGCCGCAGAGACUACCUGAGACUCUUUGGGGUGACGGGGAACUGUGCAGCCUGCAGUAAGCUGAUCCCUGCCUUUGAGAUGGUGAUGAGAGCCAGAGACAACGUCUACCAUUUAGACUGCUUUGCCUGUCAGCUCUGCCGCCAGAGAUUCUGUGUGGGAGACAAGUUUUUCCUCAAGAACAACAUGAUCCUGUGCCAGCUGGACUACGAAGGAAGCCAUCUCAAUGGAAGCUCUGACAGACAGGCACAAUAGAGAUCUGUAGAGGGACCAUGGUGAGCCAGCUGGACCAUGAAACUCCAAGCAGCACGUUGCUCGUCAGCUUCUCUCUUCCAAAUGAACUCUGAAGAAUGUAAAAAGAAUAAAAAUAGAAAAAACAAAAAAACAAAGAAUCUCAGAUUGGACACAUUCGCCGCUACCAAUGUUUGAACUCUUUAUGACAGAGCUGCAUGGUUAACUCCCUCAAAGCUGAUCAGAUGAGCUCAAGGUCAGCCAGGAAGUAAAACUGGAAAAACAUUCAAGAGGAUUUUUCCCACAACAUGCUUAUUGCGGACUGUGAACUGGAGCGGUGCUGCUUAAAAAGAAAAAGGUUUCGAAAGUCUGAAACAAUCAGAUACAUCAGAUGGAUGACGUCAGUCGAAGAAUAAUCAGUCUGUUUAUCAAAUAAAGACGAGCUAAUUUUCCUCUGACUGCCAGAUUCUCCUGGCUGUCACUUUUGGAGUGCACACUACAAAAAUGUAAUGAUGGUAAUAAUGAUAUGAAUUAUUCAAAAUAAAAGACUUGAUUCUAAAGAUUUCAAGACCCCCUUAGUUAUCUUGUUUCCCCUGAUGUUUUUUUUUUCUCGACUUAUUAAACUGG